AUGAACAUCAACAGCAAUGAUCGCACCGUGUUGAAGAAGAGUAAAUUGCAAGAGAUGACCCAACAAAUUGAUCCAAGACAUUCGUUGGAUCCCGAGGUUGAAGAGAUACUGCUUGAAAUUGCCGACGACUUUAUUGAAUCUGUAACAACAUUUGCCUGCUCCCUAGCAAAACAUCGAGGCUCCGAUACAUUGGAAGUGAAAGAUUUACAACUUCAUCUUGAAAAGAACUGGAAUGUCAAAAUACCUGGCUUUACACAAAGCUCGCUUCAAAAUGGUGGAACGUCCGAAGAAGUAUCAGCCCGAGCAUUCAAACGACCAACUCAAACCGAAGCUCACAAACAACGCUUGGUCUGGGUCAAGAAAGCGCAAGAUCAAUUGCAGAAACAAAAACAAAAACAAGAAAAGAAGUAA